AAUUUCACGUUUGUAGAAUUCAGUCCUAGACCAAUUCCUAAACGAAAUUCAACUCUUCAACUAUAGUUAUGUCUGAAGGUUACGAUAGACAAGCCCCAGCCGUUCCUGAAGGUGAAGGUUCGAUUCCCGUGAACCAGUCGGGUUCUGAAUCGAGCAACCAGCAGCUUGAAAGGCCCCGUCUUCCCCAAUUGCCAGAAGGCUGGAUCGCACAAUGGGACGAUGAGUACAACCACUAUUUCUUUGUUAAUACUGUUACCGGCGAAUCGCAGUGGGAAAUUCCUGAGUCUAGUGUGCCAGGUGCAUCAGAAGCUCGUUCUAGCGAGUUUGCACCUUCUGACUCAAACAUCGCCGACAACGAAUCUGCCGAAAGAGGUAUUGGUGGAGACGGUACUGGCGAAAGGGGCCUUGGUAGUGUAGUGGGCUCUCUUUUACUGGGAGGUAACUCUGGCCAUCAAUCCGGAGGCACUUCAGGUCUUAUUAGCUUAGUCAGUUCUUUGGCUUCAUCCAAGACUAGUGGAGGUUACGGUGGAGGCUACGGUGGAGGAUAUGGUGGAGGAUACAACCGUCCAUCACACGCUCCAGGUAGUGGUGGAGGUGCUGGUUCACUCUUAGGCCUUUUGGCUGGAGGCUCUAGUGGAGGUUACGGUGGUGGCUAUGGUGGAGGCUACGGUGGAGGCUACAACCAAGGGGGCUCAGGAGGUCUUCUUGGAGAUUUGCUUGGUGGUGGUGGUGGUGGCUACAAUCAAGGCUACGGUAACCAGGGCUAUGGAAACCAAGGUGGCCAUCAUGGUGGACACCACGGAGGUAAUGGUGGCUUCGGUGGAGGAUUCGGCGGUGGAUUCGGUGGAGAAGGACGUCACGGUGGAGGAUUCGGCGGAGAAGGUCGUCACGGUGGUGAGCAUCACGGAGGUGGUCGUCACAAUGGAGGAGGAUGGUAGAAUACCAGGUCUACCGCUGUUGAAUUGUAUCUGUUUUAUAUACUGAGUAUAUAUCUUCGAAUCUAAGAAAAUUGAAUGAGCUAGUCUUGCUGUGUAUUUAUGCUAGUAUAGUAAAGCAUGUUUUUCUACUUUGUUUCACAUCUAAAUGAAUUCAUAUUCUUGGUAAUCAUCUGGUUCAUAUUCAGUGUUCGAUCCGUCCCUUUUUCGCAACCUCAGCAAGUUUUAUAGAAAACGCAAUUUGUGUACAAUAAUAUGCUAAAAUGUAUUCAAAUAUAUUAUAUUCACCACGGAUCAUCUACUUGUUGUCAUAUAAUC